AGAUCUGCAAAACACGAGAAAUCCUUUCCAGUUCUUGAUUUCCUUUUGUUUUAAUGGAGAACAAAACUUCAUGUCAAGAAGAUGAUCCAGUUCGAGUUCGAAAAUUAGAGAUUACAGACAAAGAUAAGGGUUUCGUUGAGCUCUUACAGCAAUUGACUGAAUGCAACUCCAUUUCUGAUCAUAAUUUCGAAGAGCGAUUCCGAGAGUUGAGUUUAUACGGUGACGAUCAUGUAAUUUGUGUAAUUGAGGAUCCAAUUAAGAAGAAUAAGAUCAUUGCAACGGGGAGUGUGUUCAUCGAGAGAAAGUUCAUACGAAAUUGUGGAAAAGUUGCUCAUAUUGAAGAUAUCGUUGUCGAUUCCGCCGCUCGAGGGAUGAAUCUGGGGAAGAAGAUCGUAGGUUUCCUCACCGAUCAUGCUCAAUCGACUGGCUGUUAUAAGGUGAUUCUCGAUUGUAGCUUGGAGAACAAAACGUUUUAUGAAAAGUGUGGUUUCAAGCAGAAGGAAAUUCAGAUGGUUAGAUAUUUCAUUUGAUUUCAUUUUUCAAAUAAUGUUCAAUUUAAGAUGAUAUUAUUUAGGGUUUAUACAUUCCUUUGCAUCAUAUGUUAUUU